UAAAUACAUUGUUACCUGAUAAUGUACAAUUUGUCUGCUUUGAUAAACAGCAGGAAGCGUUCGAUAAGAUAAAAACUAUAUUACAGCACGCGCCGGUAUUAACUUACUUCGAUUAUAAUAAAACAAUCAUUAUUCCAGCAGACGCGUCAAGUUAUGGGAUCGGGGGAGCUAUGAUUCUGGAAGAAGGUACGGGCGAAAGAAAAGUAGUUGCUUAUAUGUCAAAAAAGCUUACGGUGGGAGAGCAAAAAUAUAGUCAGAUAGAGAAAGAAGCUUUGAGUUUAGCUUAUUCAGCAGAAAGAUUUAAAGAUUUUAUCAUAAGCCUUUAAUCCAAGUUUUGCAAACUAAACCGAUCGAUGACUUGACGCCGAGACUGCAGAGAAUUAGGAUGCGAUUGAUGCGGUACAAUUAUACAGUAAAGUACGUUCCAGGAAAACAGCUAGUUUUGGCGGAUGCGUUGUCGCGAAUUCCGAUUGCGAGUGGUAGGGAAGAUUUGGAGUCAGAAAAUGAAGCAUUUGUAAGAUUCAUCGUUCAAAAUAUUCCUACGACGGAUGACAUGUUAACGCGAAUAAAAAGCGAACAAGAUAGAGACGAAAUUUGUAUCCAACUAAAAAAAUAUUGCAAAACUAAUUGGCCUCAUAUAAAAAACUUACCAGACAAAUUGCAACCUUAUUAUGCUUUCAGGGAGAAUUUAUCAUUAGUAGAAGGGGUAUUAUUGUUUAACCUACGAUUAGUUAUCCCGGUAUUAAUGCAGGAAGAAAUUUUGAAAAAUCUUCACGAAGGUCACUUAGGCGUAAACAAAUGUCGAGCAAGAGCACAGCAAACGGUUUGGUGAUUAGGUCUUAGUUAACAAUUAAAGAACAUAGUUAAGUUCUGUCCUAAAUGUGUGGAAAAUAGAAUAAAUAGUAAAGAAAAAUUCGUUUCAGAGGAUUUUCCAAAAAGACCGUGGCAAAAAGUCGCGCUAGAUUUGUUUAAAUUAGAAAAAUGGUAUUUAAUUCUUUCAGAUUAUUAUUCCCGUUAUUUCGAAGUUUUUCCAUUGAAACACUUAUCAGAAAAAGAGACUAUUGAAGUUUGCAAACAUAUUUUUGCAAGACUCGGAAUUCCGGAAGUAGUGAGAAGCGAUAAUGGACCACAAUUUAGGACACGAUUUAGUAAUUUUGCCAAACAAUAUGGAUUCAAACAUACAACUAUAUAGUUCUCCACACUAUGCGCAAAGUAACGGUCAGAUUGAAGCGAUGGUUAAGGUAGCGAAAAAGAUUUUGAGCAAAUCAGAAGAUGUAAAUUUGGGUUUAUUGGCAUAUCGUACGACUUCCCUAGAAAAUGGGUAUAGUCCAGCCGAAUUAUUACUUUCGCGAAAAAUACUAUCCACGGUUCCGUUUCUUCCAAGUAAACUAGAGACUUUUAUGAGACAGCGAAGUACAAGCUAGGGAAAGUAGUAGUAAAAUCAAACAAAGCGAAAUUUAUAAUAAAAGACAUUGGUCGAGAAAUAUGUCACAGUUAAAUGUAGGCGAUGCAGUGUGGAUUAUAGACCUACGGAGAUACGGUACAGUAGCCCAGCGAAGCGACCUA